UGAGAUACAAGAUGUGAGAUUGCUUUGCCUUCAGAGACAGGAGUACAAAAGCCAUGGGCAAUCUCAGCCAAAGAAAAGUUGUUCCUGGAAGAGCUUAUUUUCAGAGAACCAUGUACAUUGGAGCUUGACCAGAAGAAUAGGAAAGCAGAUCCAUAUCCAAAGUAUCGCUGAAGGACUUACUCAUGCACAUGUCUUUAGGGUAUAAUGUUUUGAGCCAUGAAUGCUCAUAGGAUUUACAAAGAUGACCCAUGGAAAAUCUAUGAAGAGGAGAUUGCUAGCAAUACAAUUCUUUAUGGUAGACAGAGUGCCUGUCUUCAAGAUUCGCUGCAGCUCCACCACCUGCUGCUCCUCAGAGACUCCUUCUGCAGGAAGCAAUCCUGUGAAUAGCCAUUCUCGCAAGAGCACAGGAGCAUGUGACCCUAGUUUCUUCUGGAGGCACUCUGAGGCUGGAUGAAAAUCCGCUCUGUACUGACCACCACGCUGGUGAAGCAUGCUGGAACCAGCCAGAUGGAGGAGUUGUUCCAAAAGGCAGAUAUCCUCACUUCUAUGGAUGGUUCUCGUGACGGCUGUGUUAGCUGGGAGAAGUUGUGUGUCUACAUUCUCCAGCAGCACAAGCAGACUGGAGACUCAUCAGAGGCCAACCAUGAUGUGUUCAGCUCUGAACCACUGAUACGCCACUGUCUACAUAACAAGCAAGAACCAAUCACAUCGUAUUGUGGAAGUGAGUCACCCACCCCCUCUACGUUAUGUUCACCGUCAGUAAAGGGGGAAAUAUGAAUAGUCCUGGAACAGCAAUCUUCGCGCUGUGAAGACACUGGAGACAUGUGUCUGUAAUUCAAGUUAUCUGGAGACACUGGUGAAAGGAGUGGAUCCUUCAAAAAGUUCCAUGGCUGGACCACUGAUGCUAUCUACAUGCCUAAUGUGCACAAAAUCGCAGUGGCUACCAUGAGUCGGGACAUUCGUCUCUUCGAUGUGUCCUCCAGUGCAUGCUUUGAGGAGUUUCGCCUGUUUGGACUGAGCCACGUCGCCACCACUCUUUGUUACUGGUAUGAUGUUAAGGCUCCAGGAGAGAGGUGUGUGCUGAUGUGGGGGGAUGAAAAAGGCUAUGUGAAUUUACUAUGGUUCCUGCAGCCACACAAAGAUUUAUUUGAGACACCCUUUUCAGACCAAAGUGGACCCAAGCCAGUGUUUUUGCCAGACAUCUGUGGUCAGACCUUAAUGGUCUCUUACCAGCAAACCCCCAAAAUACACAAUGAACCAAUCAAUAGAAUCAUAUUUGAGCCCUGUGCAAACCUCCUUGUUACAUCAUCAGAGAGUGCCACAAGCUCCUUGGUCAUCAUGGACAUGAAUCAGAGAAGGAACAGCUACAUUUGGAAAAUUGACAAGGGGGUGCACUGCUUUGACAUCAGCUGGUCCCUCAACGUGCUGGUGACUGCAGGACUGGAGCCGUCCAUCAGGAUGUGGAACCGUUACGUCACCUCUCGGCCUGUGUCUGUGCUACAUGGCCACACCACCACUGUGGUGGAUGUGCUCAUCCACCAAGCACUGGCCAGGAUCUUUAGCUACUCAAAGGAUGCUGUAUUGAAGAUAUGGGACAUCCAGUCCCAAUACUGUGUGAAGACCCUGCCACUCAGGUUCCCCAACAUCCAUGUUGGACUCUCCCCAGAACAUGGCAGCUUCCCCCUGCUGCUCAGCCUGGCUGGUGGUCAUGCACUACUCGUCAGCUGCAGAGAGUAUCUGGCUUUGCUGAGGCUGCAGCAUGUGGGCUCCAAAGAUGGGCCCAAGAACUUCUCCUGUACCCUUUACAUUCCUGACCUCAAACAGGUAGUGACAGCCUGCAUGGACUCUUCUGUAGUAGUGUGGGAUGUAAGCACAGGCAGAAAGCACACAGAAGUGGAGAAGGCACAUGGUCAUGAAGAGAUCACAGCCAUGGCAGCAGACCCUGGGCAACACAGGCUAGUUACUGCAGCAGCCAAUGGCACCAUUAAGGUGUGGAACUUGCUAAAUGGUCAACCUCUGCAUAAACUGGAAGCUGUGUCUGACACAGAGGUUACUGGGGUCAUCUGUCUCCAUGACAACGAGCUUCUAGCUGUGGGCUGGAGUCAGGUGGUUGCUCAGUACAGCAUUGGUGACUUACAAGACAUAUAUGUGAAAGCAGAUGAACCCUGGAAAAGUGGCCAGCUGCAUAGUGACGAUAUCCUGGCUGUGGACCACUGUCCUUGUCUACGGCUGCUGGCCACAGGCAGCUAUGAUGGUGAGAUCAUCGUCUGGAUGGUGGACACGCAGAGGCCUGUCACCCGAAUUCAAAGACCACAGUCUGGGAGAGUGUAUCCCCCCAUUGAUAGGUUGUUGUUCCUGCAGAAGAGAGCUCAGGACAGUCAGUGUAGAGGCAAACCUCUCCUGCUCAGCUCUCAGGCUGGCUAUAUCUGCUGGUGGAACGUCAGUGGGCCGAAGCACAAACACGGGCAGUUCUAUGUACCACACAGGGUUAAUGAGUGUGUGAAGGGUUUAAACACAAACAAUGAGAACAGUUUACUCAUUACUGGAGAUGGGACAGGGUCCAUCCAGAUAUGGGACAUCUCACAGUAUGAUCUGUCUGAUGAGUUUGUCGACAAGGAGCCACCACUGCUAUGUGCCUGGAGAGCUCAUGAGGGGGCAAUAGUGAGUAUGGAGCUCCUGGAGCAGAGUGGCCAAAUGUUCCUGGUCACCGUGUCCGUGGACCACAGUGCCCGUCUUUGGACCAGUGAUGGAGGCUGCGUGGGCUCUUUUGGACAGGAGCAACAGUGGGAUCUGAGUAAUCCCCUCACAUACCAAGUCAACAGAGAAAUUGCCAUUCCAGCCAGAGAGGAAGAAAAAGACAGAACAGAAGUCCACCAAUCUGAGACCACCAAAUCCAAGUCUGAUCUUGCUGUCUGGGGUCAAAGUUCAAGGGGAAUGGCCACAGUGAACAGGAUCCUCAGUAAAGAUUACUGUCAACAAACAGUUGCAGCAUCUGCUCCAAGCCCUGAGGAACAUCUGUCACUGCAUAUUUUGAAAAGGAAGAGCCGAGCUGAAUCUUUCAGCAGUUCUGAUUCUUUUUCACCUCUUCCUCAGAGAAAGGAAGCAAUGUGGGAUCACAUGACCCUGGAUUUGCAGAGAGAGAUGGCAAGCAGACAAGACAGGCGACUGUUGUUUGGUGACAUUGAUUGCACCAAGCUAUACCGCAUCGGCAAUGAGUGCACACCAUUUCAGGUGCUCCAGAUAGUGGAGAUGAGCCACCUGGAGGAUAUUCCCAUAAGGCUGGCGGUGCUGAGCCGAUCAGAGAGUUACUCACGAGCAAGUGACCUGAACUCCCCUCUACUUUCAAGUGACAUUUCAGGACACUCUGGAACCCUCAGUAAUUAGACAAAGGAGCCUAAAUCAUAAUGUUUAAUGAUAGCAGUUAAUUUAUGUUUAUAUUUGAAAACGGUAUGUUUUCUUCCCAUUAGUAUGUAACAAGAUAUAAAUGUAGUAGUGUGAGUCCCUGUCAUAUUAGGGUUUGUUGUAAUGAAAUACACCCAAAGAGCCAUAACUAUGGUAACUCAGGUUUUACAUGUUGAAGCUGUAUAAUUAUAUUUAUUUUAACAAUAAAGUAGCAUCACUCCUAAGAAUAAACCAGUUUUCAAAUAUGUAUGUAUUAUUAAUCUAUUAUAGAUACAUAUUUUUGGCAGAUUUAUUGCAAAACACUGAUGACAAA